AACAUCCCGCCACGCCACGCAGUGAUGGCUUCGCCGCCGACGGAGCCCGCGGGGGCGGCGGGCCUGGAGUGUAUGGAGGGACUCGCCCUGGAUACUAUAAUCUCCAAGGCCGGCGCGCGCCCCGCGGCUGCGCUCGCCUGCGCCAGCACGCACCUGCGCGCCGCCGUUGACGAUGACGCCCUCUGGCGCCGCUUCUGCGCUCAAGACCUCGGCCUCGACGCGCCCAUCGACCCCGACGACCACCCGCUCCCGUCCUUCAAGGAUGCGUAUAAAGUUUGGUUGGAGUCCUUUUGUAUGUACCCAUUACCUCUGGUAAAGAGAGUGAAAUUAUUUUGGAGUUCAUUGAAAAGCUGGUUGUCUGAAAACUUUCCUGAGUCACUCGGAACUUUGCGUAAAGGUGCUUCUGAAGCUCAGAUAAGAUCAGCAGAAGAUGAUCUUGGUAUCAAGCUUCCUAUGCCCACAAAGUUAUUGUACCGUUUCUGCAAUGGUCAGCUGCCUUUUAGUAACAACUACCUUGAGAAUGUACGCAUGGCUCCUCUUGGCAUAAUAGGAGGCUACGUGUUUUAUGAUCACAGUGUAAAUGUGCACCUGUCAUCACUUGAGCAAAUGGUCGAAGAGACAAACGAAUUUUACGCUGACUUGAAUGAGCCAGGUCUUUCCAAUGGGCUGAAUCUUGUCUUAGUAGCAAGCUCGUGGUAUAAUGCUAAAUCGUUCCUCCUCAAUUGUUCAAAUGGUGAACUGUAUGUUGGCACAGCCAACUUACCAGCUGGAGAAAUGAUGCCAUGCGUACCGAAAUCAUUGAUAAAGCCAACUAAUAGUGAUAUGCCUCAAGAUGGAUUACUUUUGUGGUUGGAAGAGCACCUUAGGCGAUUACAGAAUGGCAUGAUCAAGAUCCGUCCACUUAGGACGUCGAGGUAUAUCUGCUUAUAUCCAGAAGCACCCCCUAUGUGCACGUCAACAACAACAAAUGGUGUAAAGGUACGUGCAUCUGCCGUCUUUGCGCCAGAACAUCAUCAAGGCAUGGGACAUGCACUCUACAGUUAUUCCAUUCGCUUGUCAGUUCCCGAGGCAUGCAUGCUAGGUGGAGUUUACUAUCCCUCCUGCCAGCUUCACUCACGCCACUGGAUCAUUCGAUGUGGAGACAGGGUUGUUUCGGAUGUGCACGGGGAAGGUGUUAUUGGGAAGUAUCCUUUACUUUUACCAGGCCAGGAAGAGUUCGUCUAUGAGAGUUGCACGCCGUUGAGCGGCAGCACUGGAUCUGUGGAGGGCUCUUUUACAUUUGUGCCUGGGAGGGUGAGCCGACCAGAAGGAAAACCAUUCGAGGUCAUGGUGGCUCCAUUCCCUCUGGAAACACCGGAGUACAUCUUCUGAAGGACUGUGUGUGGCUAAUAACAGCACAUCUUAGUAGAAACGCCAAAGCAUACCUCUAGUGUUCUGUCCGAUGUAGCAAAUUGUCGAAGUACUUGAAAAUUGUGGCACGUGUUUGUUGUGCGUCAGCCCCCUCUCUAGGUUCAUGGUCGUGGCCCUGGAGGAAGCUCAAGGGAAGUGAACGUGUUUGUUCAUAUGUGUUGUGAGGUUGUUGUUUUAUUUUCUAAGGUGAAAGGUAGACGACGUUGUACCUUGUACCUAUUUUAUGUGUUGAAGGAUAAAUGGUUAGAAACGAAA